AAAGAAGAAGAAGAAUCCGUCAUUUUCCGGGGACGACGUUGUUUGGGGGACAUGACUUACUGACUGACUGCUGUGGGGAUUAUCUAAACUUCUCUGAAAGUGACUCUCCCUGAUCCGCCAUGUUGGCCUGUACGCGUCUGUGCAGCAGCACCGUGUUCAGCGCUUUUCGCAGCAGCCCGGUAGCUGCUGUCUGUCAGCUCCAGAGAGGCUUGUCCUCACAGACAGACGGAGAGGAGCGCAUCGCAAGCGUACUGAAGGAGAAGUUCCCUCAGGCCUCCAAGCUCAAAGUGGUGGAUAUAUCAGGUGGCUGUGGAGCCAUGUAUGAGAUCCAUAUAGAAUCCAGUGAGUUCAAAGGGAAACGGACCGUUCAGCAACACAAGUUGGUCAACCAAGCCCUGAAGGAGGAGAUCCAAGGCAUGCACGGCCUGCGAAUAUUCACUGAUAUUCCAAAGUAGUAAAAACCAAAGCAUAAAGGACCUUCCUCUUCUGGCUCACAGCCCCUUUUACUUUGUCACCUAGCAAGAACACAGACUCAGCAAGCUUGCUGUAUCAUUUAGCAAAUGUAUUUAAAACAAACAGUUUAAGCGUCAUCAGCAGAAAUGUAGUUAUGACCGGUUCAGAGUAUAGAUGGGAAACACAUGAACAAUAAGAUAGUACUAAGGUUUUUUGUUUUUUUUGGAAAGAAUGAGAUAUCUUCUACUUGAGAUUUAAAACCAGUGACAGCUGUAAUACGCACAAAAUGACUUGUAAAAUGUUAAUUCAUGAUCAAGUCAGUAUUCUUCCCUGGUUGGGGGGUCUCUCAGGCUCACGACUACCUGAAAUCAGCUACAAACCCUUGCUUUAAGCUAGUUUCCCACUAAUGGGAUCACAAUGUAUGUACAGUUCUGUUAAAGCUGAUUUAUUUUAACAUGCUGUGUAACAAAGAGUUGCCCACAAACCGUGUGCUUUUCUUCCAAAUGGAAGUUGUAAUUAAAAGCGGUGGCUUUA